AUGAACUACUGCGCUUUGUUCCCGAGCAAGCUUUGGCUACACCCGCGUCGAUUUCGUCCUCUACGGCUACGCCAGCUCGACAUCGUUACAAACCGGUACACCAACUUCGACGCCGUCUUCGGCAGCGGCGACACCGACCCGCCGGGUGCUCCCUAUGACGACUCCAGCACGACAUGUACUGGAGCCACCAAGAGACCACCGCACAGAGCAUCGGCCACGACCUCGGCAGGCCCGGUCACCAUCAAGCCGGGCUCCUGUAAGGCGAUCGCCAUCCCACCAACUGGACCACCUGAUGUAGCUGCGGCUGACGAUGGCAUCUUUCUCGAGUCAGGGGAGGAGAAGGACUAUUCCGUUGACGAUGAAGUUAGCGAUGACGAUAGCAUCUUCCUCCCCGGCGAAGACAGCGAAAGCUGCCUAUCUACUACGUCUACUUCUGAUCUGCGCCUUCAUACCCUCAAAGGGUGGGAUGUCCACAUGGACGACUCGAGUCAUGACGUUCAGCUUUCAGCGGCUCAGCUGACUCAAGCCCAAGCGGUUCCUAGUGACACCGCCGAAGCUAUCGGUCUCAACCUCGAAGGUCUCUUUUUUAUGCUUCCGAAAGCCUUGUGGGUGACCAUCGCGGAUGCGUCGAAUGACUACCAACGCUGGCAGCGGAACGUUUCUCCUGAUCAGCUAGCAGUGUGGAAUCAACGCCGACGGGCUCGCAAUCCGGCCUUCAGACCAAUGAGCGCCACCCAACGGCAGCGAUAA